AUGCUUUCCCAACGCCGCAUCAAGCUAUUGGCCAUCGGCGUCCUAGUUUUCAUCAUUAUCACACUAUAUUACUCGGGCGAUGCACGGAGAGUUCAAAACCAGAAGUUCUACCAGUCAACCGUGGCGGCAAUAGAAGCUCAUAGGGACACGAAGAAUUUCGGAACCACCGCAGAGGGCUCGUCGCGGAAAGAGCCGCCCAACUUGAGGCCCGCCGACGGAACGCCGAUGAAGCCUAUCACCGACGAGAUGAAGCCCGCGAUCCCUAAAGACAGCGACGAGGAGACGGAGGAAAUACCAAUCGCAGGACGAACCAAGAUGACGGUCGCCAAGAAUCGCAACGAGCCAGAAAAGCAAGAACAAGCACCGGUGGCUGAUGAACAUAUCGAGGCGAAGACUGAGCUCAAUAGCAUAUUGAAACGUUCACCAAUCAUCAUUUUCUCGAAAUCCUACUGCCCUCACAGUGCGAGAGCCAAGUCUAUUAUUCUAGACCAAUAUUCCAUCGUCCCGGCGCCUUACGUGGUGGAGCUUGAUCAACAUCCUUUGGGACCCCAGUUACAGGCUCUGCUAGGCGAAAACACGGGCCGCCGCACCGUUCCCAACGUGCUGGUGAGUGGCCGAAGCAUUGGGGGAGGUGACGACGUGGCAGCUCUUCACGAGAAGGAUGAAUUGGCAUCCACCCUGAAGAGCUUCGGGGGCAAAUGGCUUCAAGGAGUCAGCCAUAAGGCACCCGACAAUUGA